CGAACUAUCACUUCCUUGACCUUUGACACAAGGAUAUCAUGUGACUUGGUGACUGGAGAGCUUCACACUCCCAAAGAUAAAGAUGGCGGUGGACGGGAGGACGCUGAUCCUCGCUCUGGCUCUGUCGUCUGCUAUCCAUGCCUCCACACAAGCAGAGGCUACAAAUGUGACCACGGUGUCAACAACAGUUUCUUCUGAUGUAACAACGCAACCAACGACUCACAACUUGACAACUAAAAAUCACAACACAACAACACAAAUGGUCCCUCAAAAUGGGACAACUGAACAGACGACCCAUAUGACAACUGAAGCAACAACCAACAUGACAACUGAAGCAACAACCCAUAUGACAACUAAUUCGACAACCCACAUGACAACUGAAGCAACGACCCUGAACAUUACAUCACAACCGCCACACAACAUGACAACAGAACCAUCACACAACAUGACAACUGAACCGCCACGCAACAUGACAACAGAACCGCCACACAACAUGACAACAGAACCGCCACACAACAUGACAACAGAACCGCCACGCAACAUGACAACAGAACCGCCACAUAACAUGACGACUGAACCGCCACACAACAUAACAACUGUACCCUCGAACCUGACAACAACUGAACCAUCCAAUAUGACGACGCCUUCGCACUCAACUAUGACGUCACAUCCUACUCAGAAGCCGACCCCCUCGUCGAGUAAUAGUAAAUUCAGCGCGGGGUCCUUUGUCGGCGGAAUAGCUGUCGGUAUCGUGAUAGUAAUCAUCGCUGUAGUCGGGAUAUAUUGUUACAGAAGAAAGAAACAAAGUGAUGAGCUGGGUAGCAAUAUUCAAUACAAAACCAUGCCUGAUUGAUACAAGAUUGUGUUAUGUUAAUAUAUAGCAUGUGCAUGAAAAAAUCAGCUUGCUGAUAUGUGUAUGAGAGAGAGAG